GCUCUCGAAACCACCCUUCUCCUUCCCCGGCCACUCCCUACACGCGCCCCCAUCCCAUCCCCCUGCUAUAUAAACCCGCCAUGGUCACCUCAUCUAUCCACCCACAACAAUAGACACGGGAAGCAGCUCUCCGGUCUUCGCUCACUAGCAACCGUAGUGCAGCAAAGCAAAGUAGUUUCCUCACAUCCAUCCAUCAAUGGCGACCUCCAUGGUCUGCCUGGUAGCGCUCUGCCUCGUGUCUCCGCUGCUCCUCGCCGGCGCCGUCCACGGCAACCCGGGCUACGGCGGCCUGUUCCCGCAGUUCUACGACCACUCGUGCCCCAAGGCAAAGGAGAUCGUGCACUCCAUGGUGGCGCAGGCCGUGGCCAGGGAGACCAGGAUGGCCGCCUCCCUCGUCAGGCUGCAUUUCCAUGACUGCUUCGUCAAGGGGUGCGACGCGUCCGUGCUGCUUGACAACAGCACCAACAUCAUCAGCGAGAAGGGGUCCAACCCCAACAAGAACUCCCUCAGGGGCUUCGAGGUCGUCGACCAGAUUAAGGCCGCCCUCGAGGCCGCCUGCCCCGGCACUGUCUCCUGUGCCGACAUCCUCGCCCUCGCCGCCCGCGACUCCACUAUCCUCGUUGGCGGGCCUUUCUGGGACGUGCCGCUCGGGCGGAGGGACUCUCUUGGCGCCAGCAUCCAGGGCUCCAACCAAGGCAUCCCGGCGCCCAACAACACCCUCCCCACCAUCAUCACCAAGUUCAAGCGCCUCGGCCUCAACGUCGUGGACGUCGUCGCGCUCUCAGGUGGCCACACCAUCGGCCUCUCCCGGUGCACCAGCUUCCGGCAGAGGCUGUACAACCAGUCGGGCAACGGCCUCGCCGACGGCACGCUGGACGUGUCCUUCGCCGCGCAGCUGAGGCAGGGCUGCCCCCGCUCCGGCGGCGACGACAACCUCUUCCCGCUCGACGCCGUCAGCUCCACCAAGUUCGACAACUUCUACUUCAAGAACAUCCUCGCCGGCAGGGGACUCCUGAGCUCCGACGAGGUGCUGCUCACCAAGAGCGCCGAGACGGCGGCGCUGGUGAAGGCGUACGCCAACGACGUGCACCUCUUCUUCCAGCACUUUGCGCAGUCCAUGGUGAACAUGGGCAACAUCACGCCGCUCACCGGGUCGCAGGGCGAGAUCAGGAAGAACUGCAGGAGACUCAACAACUUCCACUAAUUAAGUGGCUGGAAAUUAAAUGCUUAGCUGCUUGCUUUGUGUGUGCCUUGAUUCUCUCUCUCUCUCUCUCUCUCUCUCUCUCUCUCUCUCUCUCUCUCUCUUUGUAAUAAGCAAGUGUCGUUGUGUGCUUUGGAAUUCCAGAUUGUGCUUUGUGAUCGCGCUCCAACUUCAUAAUUGAUCAUGUAUACAUCUUGUCUGGAUAACAAUAAUCGAUCGGAUCUUAACUCGA